UGAAAAUACCAAUCAAUCCGUUAUCUCUAAUCAAUAAUUAAUGAAUAAUAUAUUAAUUUAAACAUUUAAUCUAUGAUUGUGAUUUAUAAAUGGUCUUUUAUGUCAAUGAUUCGACAUUGUUUUGUACUAGAUCAAGUUGAUUGUGCAACAAAAUUUUAAAAUGCGUUUUUACAUACUUUUGGUUAAUUUAAUAGUAAUCACUAGUGCUUCAAAUGACUCUGAACAAUGGGAACAAUUCAAAAUUAAGUUCCCCAGAAAUUUUUCAUUGAGCGAAGAGGAAUUUCGCUUUGGAAUUUUCCAAAAUAAUUUACGCAAAAUCGAAGAACAUAAUGUAAAGUAUGAAAAAGGAGAAAUAUCAUAUUUUCUCAAAGUAACUAACUUUGCUGAUUGGACUUUCGAAGAAUACCGAUCAAUGUUACAAAGUCAACAAUCCAUGGAACCAAAAGUCAAUCCUAUUGGUACAUUCAAAUCAGAAUCUGACUUCAUUCGACCGGAUUCUAUCGAUUGGAGAGAGAAAGGUGCUGUAUUAGACGUUAAACAGCAAGGAAAUUGUGGAUCAGGAUGGGCUUUCAGUACCACAGGUGCUCUCGAAGCUCAGCUCGCUAUUCAUAACAAUUUACGCAUUCCUUUGAGUGAGCAAGAAUUAGUUUCUUGUGUUGCAGUGAAUUAUGGGUGCAGUGGUGGUUGGUUGGGUGCAACUCUUCAAUACGUACACUCACAUGGUCUUAGUUCAAGUGAACAAUAUCCCUAUACCGCUACUGAUGGUACUUGCAGGGAAGAUUUAACAAAUAAAACAAUUAACACUAUCCAAGGAUACGUCAUAUUAGAUAAAGACGAAGAAGCGAUAGCUGACGCCGUUGGUAGUGUAGGUCCAGUUUCGGUAUACGUUAACGCAAACUAUUGGUCACUAUAUGGAGGCGGUAUUUUCGAUAACAGUGAUUGUAAUAAUGAUUAUAAUCAUGGUGUUCUUAUCACUGGUUACGACCAAGAAUCUUGGACUAUAAAAAACUCUCUUGGUCCAGAUUGGGGAGAGAAUGGUUACAUUAGAUUGGUCAGAGGAAAAGACCAAUGCGGUAUCACCGUGUAUCCUAUUUAUCCUGUACUGUAAUUUAGUUUAGUAUGUACUGAGAAUAAAAUUAUAUGUUAUUAUCCUUAACAA